AGGAGGUGAAUGCACAGACCAGCCUGGAGCACAUCCAGAGAACCUUAGAGGCCACCCAACUGGCCAUGGUGCACUGGGGCCAUCGCGCAAUGCUGCCUGCGACGGCUCCCCAGGUGCUGCAGUACCUAAACACCAGAGACACCUUUGCCUUUCGCACUGUGAAUCCAGCUGUGUGUCGCGCAUGCCAAGAUGGCGACCUGCUGCUGAUGCCAUGCUUGGACAUGGUCCCCGAGCAUCGCGACGACAUGCCGUUGUUCUUUACACAGUUGUCCCUGGGCUCCACCAAAGUCAUGUGGAUGAACUCGGUUGGCACGUUACAAGUCCUUGAGACGAGGUUCUCCCUUCCUACCCUGGAGACGUUGCUGUUGCCAAAGGGCUUGGGCAUUCUGUUGUCAGAUCUUCAGGUUCCCAGCCUGCCCUGCUUGCGACGGCUCUAUGUGCGAGCAGGCAUUGAUACUGAAUCAGAGUUCAACUGGCCCAAAGCGGUACACUCGAGCAAAGGUGCUCUACCUGACAGCUUAACUCUUCCUGGCGUCCAAUGGAUCCGGGAGUUGAUUUCAAAGACAUCUCAGCGCCUGUGUUUGAUCGAUGUGGAGGAGUUGGAUUCUCGCCUUGCACAGCCCUUCCUGCAGGUGGUGUCGGGGCCCACACGGCCCAAACGGCUGGUGCUCCGGCGCUGCGUUCUUCCAGACGCGGCAAUACAAGACUUGUGCACCUUCCUUGAGGAGCCAAGCCGCGCUCAAUUUGUGGUCCACUUCGACAAUUGCGAGCUCUCGAUCUUCUCAGAGCAGCUGCUGGCGCAAGCCUUGGAGCAGUUUGAACGAUUCUGCGCCUUCUCUAUCGAUGGUGGCAAGGUCAGUGAGAAACCCAUCGAGGUCUCUGAGUGGUGCCAGGCUACCCCUCGUUUCGUCCAAGAGAGGUCCUGCACCGAGCGCAACGCACAGUUCGUGGCCGCAGAGGUCGCCGCCAAAGGCAUUCCCUCACCGAUCACUGAGUCUGACAGCAACGAGGAGGACGAAGAUGCUGUUGCAGUGUCGGCGCCACCUCCCAGGCAGGUGGAUCACAUCAACCAGCUCAGCACAGCGAGGGUGCCCCGAAUUUCCACCAUGCGGAUGGCCCUUUGGCGCCGGGGCUCGGCCGGCUCCGCCGGCUCCGUGCACGGCGUGCGCGGCCUGGGAAACGUGGUGGGACACGACGAAGCCAAACAGGGAUUGUUGUUGGCCUUCCUCGCUCGAGAGCAUGUGCUGUUGGCAGGGCCCGUAGGAAGUGCCAAGUCGAUGCUGGCGGAGCACUUCGCCGAACGCCUGGCUGAGAAGCCUUGUGUGCUGCAGCUGCACCGGGACACCCGCGCAGAAGAGUUGACAUCCAGCGGCGGGGUCUUGAAGCGAUCUCCUGCUCACAAAGGCGAGCUGCCGAGUUUUGUGCAGGUGCCGGGGAGGCUGUUGGAAGCGGAUGUCUGUGUCUUGGAUGACCUCAACAAUGCUCCGGGCGAAGCUUUGUCUUCGCUGCUGGGCGCCCUGACACGACAGGACACGGCGCUGCGCAGCGCAGUGGCCACGGCCAAUGCCACGGAGCUCUUGGACCCGGCGCUGGUGGAUCGCUUCGCGGUGCACCUGCCUUUGUCCAGCGCCCUUGGCUCCUCCCAGUGGCACCGCUGUGCCCAGCUGUUGGGCGCCGUGGAAAGGGAAGCGACGGAAGUCGCGGCGGCGGUGACGGGGGAGACCGUGGAGGCGGUGACGGUGCCAGGAGAGGUGCGGCGGCUGUUGCUGAAGGUGAUGCAAGCGUUGGUGCACGCCUGCCGAUUGGCAGGUGCCAACUGGGAGCUGUCGGAUCGAUUUCUGGUGAAGGCCUUGAAGCUGGUCCGCGCCCACGCGCUGUCGGAGGGCCGGAAGGAGUGCCAGGCCGCUGACCUCUAUGCCUUGCGAUUCCUCACCGCCUUCCGCGUGCCCUGGGCCGUGCACCAGCGAGUGAUGGAGAUCAUCCGUAGCGUCCUUGAGUCCGCUGAGCCCAAAGAAGCGCGCGGGGAUUGGGCGACGACGCCAGUCGAGGGAUUGGAGGAGACGGCCAUGCCGCGACCGUGGGAGGAUGGGGUUCAGUCUGAGCAGAUCGAAGGAAAAGACGCAGGAGGUGAGAGUGUAGAUGCGACUGAGGGCGAAGGAGGGGAUUCUGGAGGUAGUGGACAAAGUGGUCGACAAAGUGGCGACCAAACAGGUGAAGGAGAAACCACAUCUGGAAGAGACGCAACAGACAACUUCCAGAGAAGGCAAGAUGAAGUGACAUCGCAUCAGCAUGACCUUGAUGAGCUGAGCGGUUCUGGACAGGGCCAGAACGCUGGCGCCGCUGAAGCUGCUGGGCUGCUGGUGCCGGAAGAUUUGUUAGCGACGAAGAUGGGACUCUUGGACGUGGACGCCCUGAGCGUCGCAAACAUCGAGCAGCUCCUGGACUGCGUCUGUGGCUCCAUCGACCGCGGACGCACGGAGCUCGCGGAGCAUCCUGGGGGCUCUCCGAGGCGCUACAAGCGCUGGGAUUUUCGGGACAUGAGUGACUUUGCAGAAGUCGACCCUUGGGAGAUGCACAACUGGUCCUUGAACCCCUCGCCCGCAGUGUGGCCCCGCUGCCGCCAGCGAUUGAAGCGCUGCAAGGGAGGACUGGUGGCCUUGUUGCGAGACGUCUCCAUGAGCAUGGCUGGCGUGAACGCCACCUGGGGAUCUCGUGUGACCUUGGGCCUACUGGAGGCUUGUCGCGAGCGCGACAUGUCCUUCGGCUACAUCGAGUUCAAUCAUCACUCGAAGAAAUUCCGUGGUGCAGAUGGAUCCUUCUUCAGCACGGACUACGAGGCCCUGUGCAGCUUGGCCAUGCGGCUCCAGUGCAAUGGAUGGACCAACUAUUCCAAGCCGCUACAGGAGGUGUUGGAGGAGUUCCAGGCCUUUUCAUUGAAAGGUACCGAUCGAUCUUUGAGAGGACAAGCUCAUGUGCUGUUGAUCACAGAUGGCGUUCCUACUCAUGGGGAUCCAACGGCUCACCAGGAGCGCGCCUGGGCUCAGCAGUUGGGCAUCGUCAUUCACAGCGUGUACCUGGGAUGGCCCCAAGGCUAUCCCAAAGCACUCUCUGCUUUGAGUGAAAGCACUGGCGGGCGGCAGUUUGCGGCCUUCUACCAACCUGAGAGCCCUCAGGAACGAAAGGAGCGCCUGAAACCGCGAGAACGUGUGAAAGAUGGGCACGGCGUGGGGCUGGACAGCGGUUUCAUCCGUGUGGUGGAGUGCUGACAACCGUGGCCAGAAAGUGCAAGGGGGAUCCUUUUGAAAUCUCGCAAGGUGAGUUUUAAGUUUCACAUUCCGUUGUCAUGUGGGUAAAACAAUGCCAUAAACCACCUAUGACUGGGAAUGGUUCAUACCACCUACCCUCUGGUAAACUGUCA